AUGACUUUCAUCUCGCCCUCCUGCUCCUUUAGCUUCAACUCCUUCUCCUUUAGCUUCAACCUCUAUUGUUCUCGGAGAUUGAACACCCGAUGUUGUUCAACCAUUUCCCAGCCGAUUUCGUCACGAGAAGAAACGAAAACAGAGCCGGACCCUCCCAAACCCGAGGCAAUGGAUUUUGCAUUCUUUCUUCCGAUCGGCCGUGGAAUGGGGUCCUCGUCAUCGGAAUCCGCAACGUUGAAGGGAGGGAUUUGAUCGGACGAAUCGAUAGUCUCGUCGAUCUCAACCUUGGCGUCGACGAAGGAUCUUUUCUAGAACGAUCCGCCGUCGGGAUUGUUGAGUUGUUGCCACUACGGGGAACGGCUCAAAAUCCUCCCAAGAUCGAUGGGCACCUUGCCUUGGUGCCCGUCAUCUUGAUACCGGGCCGUGGCAAGCCGGAGAACAUCGCCGUCGUUCGUCCCGCUCCUCCGGGACCGGGAGCAUUCCUCGUAAACUCCGAUAAACUUUCGGACUUUACGGUUGAUGUGGCUCCAUUUGGAAGUGAGUUGGUCCCGGGUACGAUAUCCACCGUACACGGCGGCAGCGGCGGAGGCGGCGCCACAAUGCCCUCCACCGCUUAUUAUCUGUUUCUUCUUCCCGUCCUCUUCUUCUCUGCUUCCGUCGUCUCCUCCCAUAAUCGCCGCAUUCUUCACCAACCGUUUGUCCCGAUAGAUUCGCUCCCUCCUUCGCUUCCUUCGCCUUCACCUCUUCCCCCGCCUCCGGCGGCCGACGGUGCUCCGGAUUAUCCGUUUUCCCCUUCUACUCAUAACACUACGCCUUUCUUUCCGGAAACCCUCUCGCCCCCUCCGCCGCCGGCGUUAUUCUCUUCCAUUCCGGCAAACAUCUCUUCUUUUAAUGUCACGCAGGCCUCGAAACCCAAGACUACCUCGAAGCUCGUUGCCUCCGCCGUCGCUUGCGUUGUCGCCGCCGUGAUAUUGGUAUCCGUCGCCGUUACCUUGCAUCUGCGGAAGAUAAGGAAGCGUUCUUCCAGUGAGUCCAAACCCGAGAGAUCCGUCACCAGUACUCCAUUCGAUUACGGGAAUAAUGACGGUGGUGAUCCCGUCAUCCCGAAGCUUGGGAGGCCAUCUAAACCUAGUUCAGAGUAUCUGUACCUUGGCACUAUGGUCAAUUCCAGGGGAGCCAUCGAAUCGCACAGCCAGCAGUACUCACGGAGCAGCACGAACACUAGCGCCGCGUCGUCGAGAAAAAUUGACUCGCCGGAGCUUCAACCGUUGCCGCCUUUUGUUCUUGGGCGGAAUUUCAGACAAAAUACUGAUGCGGAGUCGUUCAGGGAUGGAGAGGAUGAAGAAUUCUACUCUCCUAGAGGGUCGCUGGGCGGUAGAGAGAGCUCAAUCGGAACUGGAUCUGCUUCUAGAAGGGCUUUCGCCGCCAUAGAGGUUCAAAAUUUUGGCGGCGCCCACUAUUCAUCUUCCUCUUCAUCAAGUUCGGGUUCCUGCUCUCCCCAGAGGUCUGUAUCUUUGAGCAUUUCGCCACCUGCGAGUUCCAGCCCGAAAAGCUCGAAUUCCAAUUUGCCUGAAUUGGUUUCUGGACAAACAGCCCUCCCGCCACCACCUCAGCAUCCACCUCCUCGGCCGCCGAUCUCUGUGCCACGGCCUGUGAUUGAGAGAGAAUCUCAAUCAACCUCUCCUGCGGGUUCAUCUUCCCCAGAGGGAGAUUCAAGAAGUUCGUGUUCAUCUUCUCCCAGGGUUUCUCACAUUUGGGAUCAGUUUAUAGAUUCCCCAAUUCUGAAUUCUCCUGUGAGAAUCAGCAGCCCAUUAGUUGAAUCUCCCAUAAGAAUCAGAAGCCCUGUUGCUAUUGGUUCUCCAGCAAAGGGAAGCAGUUUAGAAUUGGAGUCUCUUCCUAGAAAUGACCAUGUUAACCAAUCUCCAGCCAGAAACAAUAGGCCAGGUAGGGAGAGUCCUGUGAGAACAAGCAGUCCAGUAAUGGAGUCUCCUGGGAGAACAAGCAGUCCAGUAAUGGAGUCUCAGGCGAGAUCAAGUGGCCAUAUCUUUGGUUCUCUUCCAAGAAUCAACAACCCUUUAGUAGAUUCUCCAUCUCCACAGAGAAUAAGUAGUACCGAUAUGGAAUCUCCAUCGAGAACCUGCAUACCACAUAAUAUGGAGUUUCCCAUGAGAAAUAGUAGUUCUAGUCUUGACCCUCCUAUGACAACUGCUGAAGCAGGCAUGGAGUCUCCUGCUAGAAUCAGCAGCAAUAUCCUUGAUUCUCAUCCACGAAUUAACAUCCCUGUCCCUGCAAAAGAAUCUUCACUAUGCAUGAAUUCUCAUGACCGUUCUGAUAUGGAGUCUUCCAAGAUUAUCAGUUGCCCUGUAAAUCAGAAUGUCCCAAAGUUGGCUCCACCACGACCACCUCCAGCACCUCCCAUUAGUAUUCCUUCUCAGCCACCUACUCCUCCACCUCCUCCGCCAAGCAAACACUGGGAGAGUCCAACAACUCCCAACCCUAAACCUAAAAUAAUAGUAUCUGAACCUCCUGACUUGGUGAAUCUUGUAAGGCCCAUUUCUAUAGAUAGUCCAACAUUGAUUUCUCCAAUUCAGUUUCCUUCGCAUUCAGAAGAGCCUGUCAACAGGAAUUCAGAUAUCCAUGAAAAUGGUUCACCUGUGGAAAAUGGUGAGGCGCCAAAACCAAAAUUGAAGCCAUUGCAUUGGGAUAAAGUCAGAGCAAGUUCUGAUCGUGAAAUGGUUUGGGAUCAGAUCAAGUCGAGCUCAUUUAAGUUGAAUGAAGAGAGGAUUGAGACAUUGUUUGUUGUAAAUACACCGAAUAGUAUUAAAAAAGAAAUUGUCAGGCACUCGACGCUUCCCUCACAGAGCCAAGAGAAUAGAGUGCUUGAUCCCAAGAAAUCACAGAAUAUUGCAAUUUUGCUUAGGGCCCUAAAUGUCACCACUGAGGAAGUAUGUGAUGCUCUUUUAGAAGGAAAUGCAGAUUCCCUUGGUACUGAGCUUCUAGAGAGCUUGAUGAAGAUGGCUCCAUCUAAAGAAGAGGAGCGCAAGCUUAAAGCAUAUAAAGACGAUUCACCAUUCAAGCUUGGACCAGCAGAAAAAUUUCUGAAGACAGUUCUUGAUAUACCUUUUGCAUUCAAAAGAGUGGAUGCAAUGCUGUAUGUAUCCAAUUUCGAAUCUGAAAUCGAAUACCUCCAGACGUCAUUCCAAACACUUGAGGCUGCAUGUGAAGAGUUAAGAAGCAGCAGGAUGUUCUUGAAGCUUCUGGAAGCUGUUUUGAAAACUGGGAACCGGAUGAACGUGGGGACAAACCGUGGAGAUGCGCGUGCCUUCAAACUUGAUACCCUCCUGAAGUUAGUAGAUGUCAAGGGUGCGGAUGGGAAAACGACCCUCUUGCAUUUCGUUGUUCAAGAGAUCAUAAGAAGUGAAGGCACUCGUCUGUCUACUACAAACCAAUCAAGUAUUGGCAGUGAUGACGAUGCAAAGUGCAGGAAGAUUGGCCUCCAGGUUGUUUCCAGUCUCUGUUCAUCAGAGCUAACAAAUGUGAAGAAUGCUGCUGCCAUGGAUGCAGAGGUCCUCCAUAGUGAGGUCUUUAAGCUAUCUCAAGGGAUUGCAAACAUCAAAGAGUUUGUCCGGUUGAACGAAAGUAACAGCCAAAAGUUCUCCCAAUCAAUGAAGAGGUUCACAGAAAUGGCCGAGGGAGAGAUUUUGAAGCUCCAAGCCUUAGAGAGUGUAGCCAUGUCUCUGGUGAAGGAGAUAACUGAAUACUUCCAUGGGAAUUCAGCUAAAGAAGAAGCUCACCCGUUAAGGAUUUUCAUGGUGGUGAGAGACUUCCUUGUUGUUCUUGAGCGUGUGUGUAAAGAAGUCGGAACCAUAAACGAGCAAACAAUAGUUUCUUCUGCUCACAAAUUUCCAGUUCCAGUCAAUCCCAUGCAAUUUCCAGUUCCAGUCAAUCCCAUGCUGCAGCGGCCAUAAGUCUAGAUGAACACAAAAUCCUGGGCCAGCAAACUAAUGAGAGCUUGCCUUGAGAUUGUGGGUACCAAUUUUAUAGGUACAAUAUGUACAUUUUUUUUCUCAGAGAGCAUAUAAUGUAAUAAAUGAUUUUGGCAUCUGGUGGGUUAUAGAUGUAUACCUAGCUGAUUUUAUUUGCAGAAGAAUGAAAACAGCAGCAUUUUGGGGAGAACUGUUUGUCAUUUUUGUUUCUUGUGAAUAUAUGUCAAUAAUUGCCAUCUUUUGUG